AUGGAAUUAUCUUCAAAAAAAUAAUAGACAACAACAACUAACCCAUUAACAUUAGUAAAGUAUACUCAACAUCAUAAAAGCAGACAUGAUGUAUAAGAUUUUGUUAACUUCUCAAUGAAUAAAAUUCCAGAUCUUAAGGUGAGGCUAAGAAGAGAAACUCAUGAAAAACUUGUUGAUGAUGCAAUAAUGCUCACUGAAAUAGACUAAUGCGAGCAUAUGUAAUUUAUAAUCAAGCUUGCAAAGGCCAAGAAAGGCUUAGAAUUAGGAGUGUUUACAGGAUAUUCUGCAUUAUCAUUCGCAGAAGCUCUGCCAGAUGACGGACUUCUUAUUGCAGUAGAUGUUAACAAAGAAUGGACUGAUUUAGGGAAGAAGUACUGGAAAGAGGCUGGUGUUGACCACAAAAUUCAACUUAGACUAGAGGGAGGCGAUAUAGUUUUAAAUGAAUUACUUGCAGACGAGUCCAAUAUUGACACUUUUGAUUUCGCCUUUGUGGACGCUGAUAAGCCAAAUUAUCCUAAUUAUUAUGACAGAAUUAUCAAGCUACUAAAGCCCAACGGAUUCUUAAUGAUUGACAAUACUAUUUGGAAUGGUAAGACAACAGAUGAGACUUUGAGAAACAGCGAUGAAAAUGCAAGAUGCAUCUGGAAAACAGUUUAAAUGGCUUUAAACGAUGAAAGAGUAGAUGUCCAUUCUAUUUAUUUGUCAGACGGUCUUACAAUAGUUCAAAAGAAAUGA